AUGAACCCCGAAAAAGAGCAAACCCGCCCUUCUCAGUUCGAAGACAUUCCAGAAAAUGAGAUCAUUGAGCUCACUUCCUAUCACCGACGCGACUUCGACCUAGCAGUCAUUCGCAUAAACCCCCACGACCACGACCACGUCCGCAGCUCUAUAAGCCAACCCCUCAAGCCACUCUCCACAUCCACCGGCCUAGGUCAGCUCCAACUCCUGCAUCUAGAACUCAUACACGAAGUCUGCCUCUAUCUCGACAUCGAAUCUCUAUUUCGAUUCCGCCAAGUCAGCCGCCAUGCUCAACAAUACGUCAGCACCAGUCGCUUCUACCGAGAGACGACAACACAUGCCCUCGACGCGCUCAGCUCAUUUGGAGGCUUCCUCUUCCUCCCGACCCUCCUCCGCUGCUGCUUUUCAUGUCUCCCAAAGGGACGCCUGCCCCGGCUCGUACCUUACACUGACGCGAAGUGGUACAUUUCAUCAAAGUCUAAGACAAAGUCAUCUGGCCUAGCUAGUUUACUCCCAGUUCUUCGAACCAUCCCGGGAAUCUACUCAAUGCAAGAGGUAUCCAUAAAGGGAAGGAAACAACUAGUGACUAUGGUCGAUCUUAUCCGCAUAGUUGGGUCCGAGCCUAGUAGUGAUGAAGAGGCUAUUUGGACUGCUGCCAGAUCGUAUGCCAAUCUGCCUUUCAUGGCCACAACUGCUUUACCGUAUCUUGAUCGGGCCAGUGGGCGCGUCGAGGAGGGAAUAUCCUGCAGUGGGUGUCAGGUUUCUCUGGAAGUUACUCUUACGGAGGAAUCGCGUUUGAGGCCUGAUGGUCUUGGUAUACGUGAUCGGGUGUAUUCGCAUGAGGGUUUCAUAGGGCAUUUUAGAGAGUGUAUGAAGGCGCAAGAGGUGUGGAAAUUGAGGAAGAAUGGGACAAGUGUCGCUGGAAUUUCGGAAUUUGUGCGGCGGAGGGGGUAUUUUAAGGAAAGGGAUGUGGUUAUGUCGUUUCAUUCGUGA